AUGCAGGGAGGAGGAAUAGCAGCAGCAGCAGCAGCAGUACCCCCCUCGCCUGUGGCUGGCGGUAGCUCCCUACAGCAGCUGCAGCAGCUGCAACAGCAGCAGCAGCAGCAACUACAGCAACUGCAGCAGCAACAGCAGCAGCAACUUCGAGGAGGAAUAGCAACAGCAGCAGCAGCAGCAGUACCCCCCUCGCCUGUGGCUGGCGGUAGCUCCCUACAGCAGCUGCAGCAGCUGCAACAGCAGCAGCAGCAGCAACUGCAGCAGCUGCAGCAGCAGCAACUGCAGCAGCAGCAGCAGCAGCAGCAGCAGCAGCACAGCUUGUUACCUUUCCCUCGCCCUGUCUCCUCUUACACUUUCUUUCCUUUGGGGGCCCCCCUGCAGCAGCCUGGCCUCCAAGGGGGCCCCUCUCCGCAGCCGCAGCAGCAGCUGCAGCAGCAGCAGCAACUGCAGCAGCAGCAGCAGCAGCAGCAGCAGCAGCAGCAACUGUCUGUAUACGGUGCAGCAGCAACAGCAGCAGCAGCAGCAGCAGCAGCAGCAGCAGCAGCAGCAGCAGCAGCAGCAACCGCAUGA